UAUCGUACAGUAAGCUGAAGUGGGAACCAAACACAUCGAUUGCUCGAAAACUUCGACUUCUUUCCUAAUUAUUGCUGAUAUUGUCUAUUAAUUUCUAAGUGUUUCACCAAAUCGCGUUUUAAUAUAUAUAUCCUUGUCGGUAUUCGUCGAUUAUAAAUGUCGUAAACGGAACACUGACGGCUCUAUUAUCAGUACACUUAGUCUUCGUCCGUUUCGAUAUAUCUCGCGUGGCGGCACUGCCAAAAUUUCUGGACCAGUCAGUAUCGAAAAAUGGCAGAGUUCGUCAGGGUGACUUCCAAUCCCUCGAUAAAUUCAGGUGAGUAAUCCAUUAUAUUAUACGGUAUACGAAGAAUAAGUAAGAAAUAGUUUAAUUAUGAAUCAUGCUCUCACAUUUGUAUUACAAAUGGAUUGGGUAUCAAAUAAUCAAUACAAUCAGAAUUGGACAGGAGUGACCACUGUUAAUUCUGACAAUAGGCCAAAUACCGCACCAACACCGCCUCAAAAUUCAUCUAGAGCAGGCGGACUUCAUUGGUUUGCUCAUGGUGCAGAUUCAUUUGACUUUAAUGAUGAAACAGACGAAACAGGAAAAGAAAAUGCAAUCAAAGACCGUGAAGAACGAUUACGGCUUGUUCGUGAGAAACAUGACGAAGAACGCCAAAGAAAACUCGAUGAACUCAAACAACAAGCAUUGGCUGUACAAAGGUAUCGAGAACAAAAAGAAGAGGAAAGACGGAGACGUUUAGAUGAAAUGCGUUUACGAGAUUCUGAAAGGCGGCAACAAGUGGAAGAAAGAAAAAGACAAUUGUUCGAAGCCGAGAGAGAGAAACGAGACGCUAUACUAAAAAAAAAUCUAGAACGUGAGGCCAGAAUUGUGUCAAAAAGAAGAAAUGAGCGUAGUUCAAUUGUUUUUGCAUUUGGAAGUUCGACACCUCGCAUGCUUGAACCAUCAGAAACUGGCGGAUCGUACUGGGCUAGUCGCAGAGCUACGUCUACCAGCAAUGUGAUGAUGUUGAGCAGUACAACUCCUAUGGGCCCUCUAACGAGGAGGUCGUCAGAACGCGAACUGAACGAAUGUUCUGGGAAAAAAAGAGCCGCUUCAGCUGGUGGUCUGUCGAACCGAAGUACCGACGAUUUUUCAGAGUACAAUAAUAAGAGACACUCCGUAAUGAAUGUUUUGCAUUGGAGUGAUAUGUGUUACCCUGUUAUCCCAGAAUACCCUGUAGAUGUGGGGUGUGAAGGCGGUGACGGGAGCGCCGAACGGAGGGCGGCCAGACGGAAGACGGACCUGAUGCCCACCAUCGUGUCCCCGCGUGACCUGACGCCCUGCAGCCGUCCCGGAUCGUCCAGUUCGUCCCGUCGGUCACCAGGUAGGGCGAGUUCGAUGACUCGGCUGGACGGCGCCGCCACCGCUUUCGGCGGCGGAAGCGGUCGACUCCUGUCGUCGGCGCGCAGCAUGAGCCACUUGGCCGGCGGUGGCGGUGGCGGCGGCGGCGGGCGAUCUGUCGUUUUAGGUGCCAAUAAGGAUCGCUCGACGCUUCACCGUAGUAUGAUCGCCUUGAACCCGGUGCCGCCGCCCAGACCCACCAGAGCCGAGCGACUGCGCAAGCGCGCCAGAGAAUUCGCAAACGGCGGUGGUGCAGGCAUGAAAUCUGGUGAAAUGACGCCUAAUCGACCCCAGAGUUCCAUGAGUCAGUCAAGCACUGGACCUUUGCCAACGCAACCGAGGUCCAGGCCCGUAGCUACGCCUCGCAAACCACGACCAAUCAGUAUAGCUGUGACUGGCGUCACAUCCGAUCAAUCCGCAAAGUCUCCGGCUACAGGCGAAAGACCGCCACUGCCCAAAGUGAAUGUUACCAAAAAAUCGAUUACUCCUAAAGUGGAAACAAAAAAAUUCCCCAACGACAAUACAAAACUGCAGUCGACAACUGUUAAGGAAAAAAAUAAAAACGCAAAGAAUUCUACUGAAACUUCCGAUAACGUCGAAUCUUCUGAACAGCAGCACACCGUCGCUGCAGUAUCCAAAGACGAAGACAGUCGUGAAAAUUCAAACCAAGGGUCGGUGAACGACCUGGCCGAAUGCGAUAUGACCGCUUCGAUGUUGGCUACAAAACAGAAGAUCUCGACUGAAGAAGAAGCCAAGGCCGCGUUGGCAGAACGCAGAAAACUAGCGCGUGAACAAGCAGAGAGAGACGCAGAGUUAGAAAGACAACGAUUGGAAGCCGAAAGAUUGGCCGAAGAAGAACGGUUACGUUGUGAAGAAGAAGAACAACGCCGACAAGAAGAAGAACAACUACGAAUGUUGGAAGAAGCUCGGAAAUCUGAAGAGUUGCGGUUGCAGUUAGCCAUUGAAGAAACGAAAAAACGCGAAGAGGAAGAAAAGAAACGAAAAGAGGAAGAACACAAGUUGAAAUUGGAAAAAGAAGAAGCAGACCGCAAAGCGAAAGAAGAAGCUGAAAAGCUGAGACAAGAAAUGGAAAUCAAAUUGAAAAAAGAGGAAGAAGACAGGCAACUUAGACGUAAACGAGUCGAAGCCAUUAUGCUGCGGACUAGGAACCAAGGCAAAGGAAACGCGUCGACCAAAGAAGAGACUGAAUCUGCCGAGCAACAAGCCGGCGAGAAUAAAACGGAAAAACCGUCGUCGGACCCGAUGACGACUAGUCAAGGACCGGUAUCUGAGACCGAAGCGAUGCUGACCGCCGAGAGGGUUCAUUCGUCGUCGACAACGACUUCAUCGGCAUCAUCGCCAACAUCACCGCCCGGUGACGUGCUUUCUAACGGAUUGCUUCCGGUAGAAACUUCCGGUUCCAAACAAAACGGCCGUGCGGACAACUCGACGGCACAUCAAAGCAACGGCUGCCUUCCUACGGCUAACGGUGGUACCGUUUUUAGUUCGGAAGUACAAUUAAACAAUGUGACCAACAAUCUGCUAGAUUUAUCGUUGGAACCUAUUCCGUCUGACGCUCUGUCCACACAACAAAUCAUUGACAUCGGUAUGAAAAAGUGCAUUCAAGACAAUACCACUGAGUUUACCACGUACCAAGAAACUAAUAGAUCAGAACAACAAAUUGUCAAUGAUCUACUAUCUUAAUAAACACUAGAAGUGGCUGCGAUUGUUGUUGUUGUGUAUUGUGGGUAUUUGUAUACUUGACGGUAGAUUGAAGUAUUAAACACGAGUGCUACUUUUAUUGUUAUUUUAUUAUUUUUAUCUAAAUUAUUAAGUAGUUAAAAAGAAAAACUGAAAAAAAAGUAAAAUGUUCAAUAUUCAAAUUGUUAUAAUUAUUUAGCCACGUCUAGACAUACUACUACGACAAAAGUUAAUUAUCUUCUAUCUUACAAUAAUUUAAAAAAUCCCUUCGUUUUAAUACAUUUUUGUUUUCUUAAAUAUAUAAUAAUAAUAAUAAUAAUAAUAGCUCUUAUCGUGUUAACUAUAAACACAUUUUAAUAUGUAUUAUAAUUAUCACGUUUAAUGUACAUUAACAAUAAUACAAAUCUUAUGAUGUAUUAAUUAUAUAAAUAUAUAUAACGACAUGAGAUCGCUUUGUCUUGAAAGAAAAACCAUCUGAAUAUAUCUUGAGAAUGAAAUAUCAUGUUUAGCCAAUGUCUCUAAACAAUUAAUGACAAGAUGAGCAUAAUAAUGAAUAUGUGGGCUAUAAUAAUACCUUGUUGAGUGUAUUGCGAGUAAUAAUUGUCUAAUUUGUUUACUUAUGUAUAUUUUUUUUAAAAAUCUAUCCAGUAAACUGAUUUUACCACUAUGCUUUUAUAAUCCAACAAUUAUGUUGUGUAUAUUUUAUUGUUUCAAUAUUUUUGAAUAUUUUUUUUACAAAUUUUUAAACCAACAUUAAUUUGAUUUUACAAUACCAUUCAUUUUGUUUUCAAUGAUGACACUGUUAUCAACCAAUGGUGAAACUUGAGAAAACUGCACAGCAACCACUGUUUAGUGGGUGGGGGUUUGGGGAAAGUGCUGUCUUAUGCGAAAGGUAAAACAUUUUUCUGAAACUGCGUAGAUACAACAAGGUGUAUAAUUACUCUCCAUCUACCUCCCUGAUCUCAAAAAUAAAAAUAUAUAUUUUUUUUAAUUAACACCUAUUUUCUAUAUUUUGUUCUCUUAAUUAAUUGUUGCGAGUGAUUUAUUAUUUUACAUACUCAAGUACUUAUGUGAUUAUGUGAUUUUUGAUUUGUCGGUUUUUUUUUUAUUUCUCAAAAUAUUCUGUAUUCGUGAUUUAUUAAGUUUGCUGAUUGUUUGCACUAUGCACUGGUCAUUGUUAAUCAUAUGUUACAUAUAUUUUUAUUGUCUUAUCGUUGGCCCAAGAAAUAUCAUUAUGUUUCCCAACAAUUUAAUGAUCAGUAGUAGUAUGUGUAUGCGUGAAUGACAAUGUUGUAUGGAAAGACAAAGCCAUCUUAUAUGUUUAUU